ACAAAUUAAGUGAUGAGUGCCUUGCAGUUCUUGAACAAGAAGAGUUGGCACACUGCAACUCUUAAGAAUAACGAGAAGGUUUGGUUGGCAGAAAAAAAAGCAGAAGAGGAAAAGAAGCGAAUUGAAGAGCUUAAAAAGCAGUUGGAAGAUGAAAGACACUUUCAAGAACUGCGAAGACUGCAAGUUGAGUCUGGACAGUUAGACCCAUCUGUUUUGAAGCAACAAGAGCGAGUAGAAUGGCUGUACGAAUGGGGAAAGGAAAAAGACGAAGAGGAACAAUAUUUACUGGGGAAAAAGUCUGCAGAUUCUUUGUUAUCCCAGAAAGGGAAGGUAGAAGAAGAAAGCCGUCUUCAGUUGCUCACUCAAGGAAAUAAACCCCAGUUGGAAGCUACGUUCGGCUUAAAUCGUCUGGACUUGGAGGCAAAAUUGAGGGAAGAUCCCUUGAUGGAGAUUAAGCGUAAAGAAGUGGAGGCUAUCCAAGCAAUUCGUAACAAUCCUGUGAAAAUGGAAAAGUUAAGGAGGUCCCUGAGCAAACAACAGAGUACGAAAGAGACCCAUACUAGUGCAAAUGUAACUUUAACCCGUGGAGACAAAAGGGAUAGGUCGAGUGAAGAUAGAAAAGUUGACUACAGAGAACACAACUUGAAGAGACGACACGAAAGUGACCAUCGAAGACAAAGGUCUUCUAAAAAAGGAAGGCAUAGUCGUCGAAAAAACUCAACACACACACAUUCGGAUAUUUCACACAAUUGCGAGAAUAGAUAUGGUAGUAUAGAUACAAGGAAAGAAGACCAUAGAAGAGACUAUUCCAAAGAAGGAUACGGUUUAGUGGUUCCAAAGGGCGCAAGAUAUCAUGGAUGGAAGCCUGAAGCAAGUUCGGAAUCAAGUCAUUUCCAGGAGAACUCUUUUUUGAAGAACGGCAUAAAUUCGAGAGUGAGCGCGAAAGUUGCGGAUUCUGAGAAUAGAUGCUCCUCAAAAAGUAAUAGAGAAGAAAUUUUGAGGGAAAUGCAACAAGAUGCAGAGUCGCUUGAGAACGAGCGAUUAUUGCGAGUGGAGAAGUAUCGGAAACAAGAGAAUAGUGAAGAAGACGCGCGAAAGGCACCAGCUAAUAGUCGUAGCCAGAAUUUCUUAUUUCAAGUUGCCAGCGAAGCGUGCAAUCGUCGAUAACGGGUCAAAGAUGUAUGUAGCUGUUUCGGAACAACUUGCUUUUCCAUACUUUUGUGAUUGUUUUAUGAAUGAAGAAGAAUCGUGAUUCUUUUGUGGAGACGAUGAAAGCUUUUUGGACCACUCUUGGGAGUUUUACCGAUAGUUCCUUUUUUAGUUUUUCUGCCGUAGAAAUGUUAUUUACAAGGCCAUAUAUCCAUUUUUCAAUUUCUAAAUAAAAUUUCCAGUUUUAUUUUCAAGUGGUGCUCUUUAGAUCAGCAAAGACUUUCAUGUCGGUAAUUGAAGUCGGUUGUUCUAAAACAAGAUUCUUUUGUUCAGUAAAUAAUCUAAAGUAAUC